AUGAGCUUCCUCAAGACCCUCACCCUGUCGGGGCCGGAGAACGUGGCAGGCAGGACAUGGCCUGCUAUCGUGGUGGGCAUGUUCGUUGCGUUCGGCGGUGUCCUCUUUGGAUACGAUACCGGUACCAUCAGCGGAAUCUUGGCUAUGCCCUACUGGCAACGGCUCUUUAGCACGGGCUACAUCGAUGCUGAAGGGAAUCCCAACGUCACCCCCUCUCAGGAGUCCGCUAUCGUGUCCAUUCUCUCCGCUGGCACCUUCUUCGGUGCCCUCAGCUCUCCUCUCCUGGCAGACCGCGUUGGCCGCCGCCUGGGCUUGAUGAUAUCCACGUGGGUCUUCAACCUGGGUGUUGUGUUGCACACCGCUGCCACGGCUAUUCCCAUGUUCCUGGCGGGUCGCUUCUUUGCUGGUUUCGGUGUCGGCUUGAUAUCCGCCAUGAUUCCACUGUACCAAUCCGAGACGGCUCCCAAAUGGAUCCGCGGCUUCAUCGUCAGUGCGUAUCAAUGGGCCAUCACCAUCGGCCUGCUCCUCGCGGCCAUUGUGAACAAUGCCACCGCGCGUCGGAACGACUCGGGGUCGUACCGUAUCCCCAUCGCCGUUCAGCUGGCAUGGUCACUUAUCCUCUUCCUUGGCUUGCUGUUCCUCCCCGAAACGCCGCGGUAUUUGAUCAAGAAGGACAACGCAGAAAAGGCUGCGCAGUCGCUCAGCCGCCUUCGACGUCUGCCAAUCGACCAUGAAGCCGUUGUGGCUGAGUUAGCAGAAGUCCGAGCCAUCCACGACUUUGAAAUGACCAUGGGACAGGGCUCCUAUUUGGAUUGCGUGAGACCCCCCAUGCUCAAAAGACAGCUUACGGGCAUGGGAGUGCAGGCGCUCCAACAGCUCACAGGCAUCAACUUCAUCUUUUACUACGGAACCAAGUAUUUCCAGAACUCUGGCGUCUCUAGCGGCUUUGUCAUCUCGAUGAUCACCUCCUCCAUCAACGUUGCCUCCACCAUCCCCGGCAUGUAUGCGGUCGACAAAUGGGGCCGGAGACCUCUCCUCCUCUGGGGCGCCGUCGGCAUGUGCGUAUCCCAGCUGAUCGUCGCGGUCUGCGGCACCGUGUCGACCGGUCAGCAUGACAACGGCGAGAUCUACGUCAAGAGCCUCGCCGGGCAGAAGGCGGCCGUGGCCUUUGUCUGCAUCUACAUCUUCUUCUUCGCCUCCACGUGGGGCCCGCUCGCCUGGGUCGUGACGGGCGAGAUCUUCCCGCUCAAGACGCGUGCCAAGUCGCUGAGCAUCACGACGGCGACCAACUGGCUGCUGAACUGGGCCAUCGCCUACGCGACGCCGUACCUCGUCAACUACGGCGACGGUUACGCCAACCUGCAGUCCAAGAUCUUCUUUGUCUGGUUCGCCUGCUGCUUCCUCUGCAUCCUCUUCGUCUACACCAUGAUCUACGAGACCAAGGGCCUCACCCUCGAGCAGGUCGACCAGCUGUACGAGGAGGUCAGCGAGGCGUGGAAGUCGACAACGUGGAAGCCCACGUCGGCUUGGCAGCACGGCGGGAAGGUGGUGCCUGAGCACGAAGAAGAAAUCGCUGUGCAAGCCCCUUCCUCCUCAGAGAAGAACUGA